AUGACCAACAGAGGUCCGGUCGAGCAUUUGCCAGAAGUAAAUCGUGGUAUGUCAACUCAGUCAUCCAUUUCAUUUACUGGACAACAUCCAAGAGAAGCGACAACGCGAACGACAAUCACAACCAAUCAAACAACAUCGCCUGUUCCAUUUUCACCGCCCAUGUUACAAUCUUCAGCUACAACUAAUGGAAAACGGCCAUUAUCAAUCACUGAUAUCAACCAAUGUCAGUCCGAACACGAACCAAAUAAACGACAAUGA